CUCUUCCUCCUACACUCCUGCCUCUGCAGAGGAAACAGCGACCUCCAAGAGGACCUGACAUUGGUGAAGACUGAGCUUGCACUCUGCCUCUGCCAGAGCAGGGCAGCAGACAGAAAUGGGACAAACCUUGUCAUUUCUCUCGGUGUGGCCAUCCCUCUGGAGAUCUUGCAGUUUGGAGCCCAAGGGAACACUGGCUGGCAGCUGGUGGAGGCCCUAGGUUACACUGACCACAACCGAACAGUGAGAGACUUCUUGAACACUGUUUAUGACACACUACCCAACUCCAGCCAGGGCACCAAGAAGGGGCUGGCCUGCACCCUAUUUGCGCAAACAGAGAUGCCACUCUCUCCCUGCUUUGUGGAGCAGGUCUCCUGGUGGGCCAACUGCAGCCUGGAGCCAGCCAACCUCAGUGAGUCCAAUAGUAGAACCAUCCAGGCAAAGGGGUGGGCCUCCAGGCAGAGGUCAGUUGGUGCAGCCAUGACGAGCCUGGAGUGUGGGACCAAGCUUCUGGGGUUCAAAUCCAAGGUUUCUAUCUUGAGCAACUGGGUGGAUGAUGGCUUUGCCACUAAUGAUACAUGGCUUUGGACAACUGCUCCAAGCCUUGGUGCCCCCAUUUGUAAAAUUGGGAAUAACAAUAGAAUUGGUGGAGAAGUUGGGCCAAAGCAGUGCAGCAUUGCUCAGCUGGUGCCUGUAAGCACGUCUUUCCAAAGCGCUUGGUGGCAGAGAGCCCCCUCCACAGACACUCAGCUCCUGCCUUUCACCUGUGCACAGGGCCACGUCCCCCAGGUCUCUAUGAUGUACCAAAUGGCUGCGGUCGACUAUGGUGAGUUCCUUCCCAUUCAGGACCCUGUGGGCCAUCAGGUGGGAAUGCUGGGGCUGCCUUACCUGGGAAGUGCAGGGAGUCUACUCCUGGUGCUGCCAUGUGACACAGACACCCCACUGAGCCACACUGAGGCACACCUCACAGCCAGCAUUAUCCACGUCUGGACCUCUCGUCUGAGGAGAGCCAGGAUGGAAGUGUUCCUGCCCAGAUUUAGGGUCCAAAAUCAUGUCAACUUAACAAAUAUUUUAAUUUUUUAGGGAGUCACCGAUCUUUUUGAUCCACUCAAAGCUAACUUGAAAGGAAUUUCAGGCCAAGAUGGCUUUGUUUUUGAAGUGAUCCACAAAGCCAAGAUUGAGGUUUGAGAGGAAGGCAAGGCAUCUGCAGCCACAGUGCUAUUGCUACUAAAAAGGUCUCAGAUCCCUAUUUUUAAAGCAAAUCGGCCAUACAUCUUUUUCCUGAACACAACACUGGCAGGGUUUAUCUUCAGUAUUAGGAGAGUUUCAAAUCCCCUAGACUAAAAAAAUUAACAGAUCUCAAACAUGUUCUCCACUUUCAUCUAUGCUUUUCUUCAUAAAAAGUUACAAUUUCAUUACCCUAUACCCUUGAAAUGUAAAAACUGUUCUACUAAAGUGUAAAAAGAUAAGGGUAUGUAAUUUUCAAAUGUUAUGAACCUAAAAAUACUUCAAUUUUACUAUAAUUUUAUAAAUUUAUUUCACCCACUUAAUCUAAAUGCAUUUUUCUUUUUCUACUGGCUACCCCAAAGCACUACAAGGCACAGCAGUGAUAUAUGAAUGGUGAGUCAGGUCAUAGGGUCGUGUCCUCAGUAUGGACAUGAGGCCACUUUACUGAAGGUGGACAAUGAAUAGUGUUUGUUUUUCCUUGUCCCAGGUAAACGGGGGGUAAUGCAAAAUGAGCCAAGUCAUCCUAAUGUGUUUCCUUUUCAUUUAGCUUCAAAUAAAAUGGAGAGUUUAUGUAUGAGAAUA